AUGAUUGACCUAGGGCUCGCCCGCGUCAGCCGUCUCAUCCAGCAUACUCCACAGACGUGGAAGGCCAUCCAUGUCGCCGGGACGAACGGCAAGGGCUCAAUAUGCGCCUAUCUCUCUGCCAUGCUGAUGUCCAGCGGCCUCUCUCACGCGCGGUUUACAUCGCCCCAUCUCAUUGACCGCUGGGACUGCAUCGCCGUCAACGGCAAGCCGGUCGCCGAGGCCGUAUUCCGGGAUGCCGAAGACGUGGUCAAGCAGAGGGACAGGGAGGGCCGCAUUGGCGCCACUGAAUUCGAGCUUCUGACAGCGACUGCCUUCGAGAUCUUCCACCGCCAAAAAGUCGAGUACGGGGUGGUGGAGGUCGGCUUGGGCGGCAGAUUGGAUGCUACCAACGUGCUGCAGCAGAAGGCCGCUACCGUGAUUGCAAAGAUUGGGCUGGAUCAUCAGUCAUUCCUCGGCAACACGAUCGAGGAGAUUGCCCUGCAGAAAGCUGGUAUCAUGCGUCCGGGCGUGCCUUGCGUAGUGGAUGGCAGCAACCAACGCUCUGUUCUCCAAAUGAUUGAGGAGCAUGCUCGGGAGGUCGGGGCAGAACUUCACUAUCCCGAGAUUGCAGAUCUUUCCGAGGCGCUUUCUGGGGAGAACUUGGAGCCACACCAGAUCCAAAACAUGGCGUGUGCGCAUAUGGCCUUCCGCCUAGCAUGUCCGGAGCAUAGCGCCCCCCUAACUCACUUCCUCCCAGCCUUAAGGAAUAUGCAGUGGCCGGGGCGACUGCAGAGGCUUGACAUUCAGAAGCUGACCGGCCGUCAACAAGAAGUCCUUCUUGACGGAGCGCACAAUCCCCAGUCGGCCGAGGUCCUGGCCCGAUACGUCGAGAAACACUUCCGCGCGGGGAACCAGCCGGUUACCUGGGUCCUAGCCGCUACGCAAGGCAAGGAUAUGGAUGGAAUUUUUGGUUUCCUCCUUAAGCCUGGCGAUCAGGUCGCCGCUGUCAGAUUCGGACCUGUCGACGGAAUGCCCUGGGUCAAAGCCGCUGAUCCCGUUGAAGUGCUGCGCCUAGCAGCUCGACAUGGCGAACAAAAAACUGCAAUGCACAACGCUGGAGAUGACGUGAAAGACGCUCUGACCUGGGCAUCGCAAGCAGCAGGGAACGGACCCGUUCGCCCAACCUGCUCAUUAAAUCGAACUCCUACUACACAUCUACCCGCCAUGCCGCCUAGCCAUCUCAUUGUGGUCUGCGGACACGCAAUUUGGCUGGGAGGGCCCAAAAACGGAUGGGAUGAAACCGAGUGGCUGAUCGAGAGCUACAAGAAGGGCGAGACGCCGACCUUCAUCGAGCACAUCAAAGCCGGCGUGCGGCUUCUCAGCCAAGACGAGCGCUCAGUCUUGGUGUUUUCAGGCGGCCCGACCCGCAAAGAAACCUCCCUCUCCGAAGCCCGGAGCUACUACAACCUGGCCGUCGCCAACGCCUACUUCGGCCUCCUCCCUUCCGAUAGCAAUCUCCUCUCGACGUCUCGCAUUCUCCUCGAGGAACGCGCUCUGGACUCGUACUACAACAUUCUCUUCUCCCUCAUCUCAUUCUGGCGCCAUCACGCCGCCUGGCCUGACCGUCUCACCAUCGUCAGCCACGGGUUCAAGCGCAACCGCCUCGUGGACGGCCACUGCGCGGCGAUUGGGUUCCCGCUGGAUCGGGUCGAGUUCGUGGGGUUUAAUCCGCCCGGUGUGGACGGUAUGGGCGGCCUAGCGGAGGGCGGACGGCCGGGGGAGAAGGCGGAGGCUAUGCGUGGCGUGCAGUUGGCAAUGGGGCAGUGGGCGGAGGAUCCUCAUGGGGUGGGCGACGAGCUUGCUGGGAAGAGGAGGGCGAGGAAUUGUUGGGGGGUGCAGCAGCGGUUGUUUGGGGACGAGGCGGAGAGGCUGAAGAGUGGUGUUGAUGCGCGCGUGUUGGAGGAUGGCAGUGAGGCGCUUGUUGAGGGUGGACGGAGGCCGUGGGCGGCGAAGUAG